GUCGUCGUUGGGGCGCGCGCGCCGACUGCUCGCGCCGGCUCACUGGGCAGUCAGCGUCAUUGCAUAGAUCAAACACGCACGCAACGUUUGCUGCGCUCAAUUCCGUGUGCGAGUUCACCACACAAUAUGUCCCAGUAGAGAGCAUGCGCUAGUGAGAGCUUGGAAAAGGGCAGCCUUAGGAUGGGAUGGCGCGCCGGCCUGCCCUUGCUCACGAUGGUGCAAGCCAACGACGUCGCACUCCUGCUCCGGGGCAUCUCGUCGCCGCGGACCUACGAGGGCAUCGACGGCCGCACGCUGCGAACGGCGGACUGGCGCGCGACGCACCGCGAACUGCGUGAUUACGUCAUCGGCCCCACACGCGCGGACGUCUUCUUGCACACGUGGGCCGGCGCGGAGGCGCUGCGGGUCCUGCAGGCUUACGACCCGGUCGCACACGUCAUCGAGACUGAACGCAACUUCUCGGCAAGGUUCCAGCCUCUCGUGACGUCGGCCACGUGCCAGGCGUCGCAGGCGACGUCGGGCCAGCGCUGCCCGCGCGUGCUGCAGAACAAGUUCGCCAUGUUCUGGGGCAUCCGCGAGGUCUGCCGCCUGCUGCUUGCGCACGAGGCGACGCGGGGCGCUGCCUACGACUUCGUCGUCAACACCCGCUUCGACGCGCGGCUGGCGUUCGCGGGCGGGGCCCCGGGCGGACAGCUCGCGCUCCGGCGCCCUGUCGAAUGGGGUCGCUUGUACGGUUUCUGGCACGCACCCGGACCGACGCACCCGCGGCCGUUCCUCGACGACAAACUGUUUGGGGGCGACUCAGUUAUAAUGCGCGCCGCCCUGGACGCGUUCGACGCCCUUGGCACAUACGCGGAAGGCGGUGCCGCGGGCUUUGAGUACUCGAACCACGUGAACCUCGAGCGCGCCUUUGGUAGCAUGAUGGCGGACCUCCGCCCAAUGGGGGACGCGCUGCGGCGCGCCGACGGCGGCGCGCGCCUCGAGGGCGUCAACGUCUAUCGAGGCGAGCAGGGCGGCGAUCGCCCCACGGGCGCAUUUGGCGGCGCGUGUUCCAACAAUUCCUAUACCCUGCCCCUGCGCCGUCGUCGCAUCGCCCCGAGCGCCUCGGCACUGGAGUCGUUUCAGAAGAAAAUAAUCGCUCUGGCGCGGAACGCGAGCGCGCUGGAGAUUGGCGGCCCCACGACGGACAUCGGUGGCCUGUACGCACAGCUCGCUUGGGCGUCCGUGGACAUCGUCAACUGGUCGGAACAGGAUGGAGCCGUCACGCGCGUCGAGACGGUUGGAGCGGAAGCGUCGAGCGGGUCCGCCUUCUACGUGGACGACCGCCUCCUGGGGCGGCUGCGCGUCGGCGACGGAGGGCGCCUCGAGCACGUCGCCGACGGAUCCUACGACGUCGUCAUGGCGUUCCACGUGCUGGAGCACUUCGCCGAUCCGUUGCGGGCGCUCGCAACGUGGCGGCGCGUUCUCAAACCCGGUGGGUAUUUCGUCAUAAGCGUGCCCUGGGCCGGGAACACGUACGACAGAGACGUGCCCGUCUCGACCAUCUACGACCUCAUCCUCGCCCACGCGGACGCCGCGGACUCGUCGGACGACCCAGAGGUGCUCCGACGACUCGAGCAGCGCGUCAGAGCGUACCAUCGCCUCGUGGACCUCGACACGUGCCCGUUCUGUAGCGACGACCUCGCGACGGCGCGCCGCCUCAAGGGCUACCACUGGCACGCGUGGGACCUCUCGUUACUCCAGGAGGCCAUGGCGUGCACCGGCGCCGUCGUCGAGUACCUCGAUAUCAUGGACAACUGGCACCAGCUGGUUAUUGCACGCGUGCCGGCGGGAGAUUAACUUCGUUUGACAUUU